AUGAAAAAAUCAUUGGAUCACAAUAAGAUCAAAGGAUUAGUAAGCAAAUGGAAGGCAGGAAAGAAGAAGCAGAGAAAACCAAAAUGGCCAUUGCGAAGUUUGUUUGAUCAUCAAAAGAAUUUGUUAAAAUUUCAAUCUCCAAAAUUGUUAAGGAACGAAAGAAACAAUAUAGUCAAAAGGCCGCUUUAUAUCCGAUUAUCAAAGAAAAAGAAAAAAUUGACGAAUAAAAAGAGAAAUAGCGUUCAGAGGAUAAGCAGUGUGUACAAGAAGAAGCUAGACACAAAAUGGUUACAGAUCAGACGACAGGUUGAAAUGAUCAAGAUGCCAAGUGAUACUGCCUUUCCAUAUAUACCUCCAUCUGAUCUCUUACCUGCAGACAAUGUAGUGCCUCAGUUGAUUCAUAAUGCUAUACUUGGUAUCAAGGGAAAGCAACACUUGCUUGAUGCGCAAUUAUUUCGAAUUCAACGUAGCCGGCAUGAAAUAUUAAAAUAUCAGGUGAAACUACAUGAAUUAGACAAGGACGUGUCUAGGGCAUGGCUGCGGCACAUUAAUGAAGAUCAUGCGGAUGCAUCUCUAUUCAUAAAGGGUAAUCGGACGUUACUUUAUGAAGUAGAUGUCGAUUUGAAAUUGAUAAAGAAGCGACUUGAAGCAGUUCAUUCAAUAUACAUGAAUUUACCUGGUCAUCUGAACAGGUUGAACAAUCAGAUUCAGCAUGAAAAGUAUAAACAAUGGAUGCAUGCAUAUAAAACAUUGAUAAUUUGGUUAUUCUCCAUAUUUGGUAUAUCCAUCUUUGUGCCCUUAGCGUUCAGUGGCGGCUUUCUAAACAGCCAAUAA